AUUUUCCACAAUGCUCACGCCCAUGUGAAGCUCUGCAGCUGCUAUUAGUGUCAAAAAGUGUUACAUAGAAAGACAAGACAACAACAUAUCAACUCGAAAACAUUUCCAUCGAAUGCAGCCGGUUGGUUUGUAACACAAAAUGGCGUCCAAAGCGGUUUAUUCGCAGCAUAGAGAUCCACUGCUGAAGAAGAGAGAUGACUUUGAGGACAUCCUGGAGGAGAGGAGGAAGACCAGCGACCUGAGAUACGCCCUCAGGUGUUACACUCCCGCUCUCUAUAAAGGACUGACUCCUUGCACAGUCAGCGACCUCAAAACUAUGGUGCUGCAGUCUGACCAGCUGCUUUAUGUCAUCAAUCAGGUUUCCAAGGAGACUGGCACGGCCACAGAUGAGAUCCAGUUGGAGGCGGAGGCCAUCUUGGAGGAGAUGGCUCACCGCUUGCAGCUUACCACGGUCCGCUUCUUUGCUUUCACGCUCAGUAAAAUCUUUAAAACUCUGUUCAGGAGCAUCUGUGUAAACGAGGAGGGCAUCCAGAGACUGCAACAGGCCAUCCAGGAACACCCGGUGGUCCUUCUACCGAGUCACCGCAGCUACAUGGACUUCCUCCUCGUGUCCUACAUCCUCUACACCUAUGAUUUAGCCCUACCAGUCAUUGCUGCUGGCAUGGACUUCAUGGGAAUGAAGAUUGUCGGGGAGAUGCUGCGAAUGUCCGGAGCUUUCUUUAUUCGGAGGUCGUUUGGUGGUGACAAACUUUACUGGGCUGUUUUCUCCGAGUACGUCAAGACUAUGCUGAAGAAUGGCUUUGCACCCGUUGAGUUUUUUCUGGAGGGCACAAGGAGCAGAACAGCCAAAUCCCUGACUCCAAAGUUAGGUCUGCUGAACAUCGUGAUGGAUCCCUUCCUGAAGGGGCAAGUGUUCGACGUCAGCCUGGUGCCGGUCAGCAUCAGCUACGAGCGGAUCCUGGAGGAGGCGCUCUACGCCAGAGAGCUGCUGGGCGUCCCGAAGCCCAAGGAAUCCACGUCUGGUUUGUUCAAAGCCAGGAAGAUCCUGAGUGAAAACUACGGCAGCAUCCACGUCUACUUCGGCCAGCCGGUUUCUGCCAGGAGUCUGGCUGAGGGGAGAGUGGACCGCUCACAGUUCAACCUGACACCGCGGCACAUCCCCAGCAAGCCCUCAGAGGGAAUCCAGGACUUUGUGAACGACUCGGCCUUCAGGCUGGUCCGGUCCCAGGAGGAGAACAUGGUUCUGAAGCCCUGGGUCCUUCUGGCCGCCCUGCUGCUCCAGAACCAGGCUGCUGGGAACAAACUGGGAGUUCUGGUGGAAGACCUGACUGAACAAGCCGUUUGGCUCCGGGAUCUGUCCCGCCAGUUUGGAGCCUUCCUUCACUGGCCCGACCACGUUCCUCCCUCCAGAGUCGUUUCCUCCAGCCUCUCGCUCCAUCGCAGCCUGGUCAGGGUCUCUGAGGGGAGAGUCCAGCUGAACUCAGAAAGUGGAUCAGGGUUUCCUCCGGCUGCGAUGACGCCGGAGGAAGAGCUCUUGAGCAAGGCAGUGGUGGUGCUCUCCUGCGCCUCCUACAGGAACCAGGUGCUGCAUGUCUUCAUCCGGGCCGCGCUGCUGGCCUGCGCCGUCCACUCUGUCACCGGCAGCAGGAAACAGGAGAUCUUCAACACCUUCAGCUUCUUGAGGAACAUGUUUUCUAACGAGUUCAUCCUUCGUCCCGGAGCCGAAGUUCAGGACUUUGAAGAAGCUUGCUACCUGCUGGUGAAAAGCGCAGUUCUCCAGAUCCACCAGCAGGAGGUGCUGGUCACAGACAGCGGCCACCGGACGCUGGCAUUCCUCACCAGCAUCCUGGAUCCGUUUGUGCAGGGAUAUCAGAUGGUGUGCAGGUUCCUCUGUGAGGAGGCGACAGAGACUCUGACUGAGAACCAGUUUGUUCCUGCUGUCCGGAAGUUCUUCAUCAAACACCUCCUAACAGGAGGGUUAAAAUAUGUCGAGGUUUUGUCGUCGGACCUCCAGAAAAACGCUCUGGCAGCUUUACUGAGACUCGGAGCGGUGCAGAAACUCAGAGGAGGAGCGGAUCAGGGAACUCUGAAGGUCAACACGGUGAUGGUGAACUCCCUGGAAGACACUCUGGGAGGAAAGCUGCCUACUCAGAAGACGCUCGCUGCUCGACUCUAAUCCAGAGACGGCGUCCAUCGAAGCAGACGAUCGGUGCAACGCGGCGGGUUCGCUCCUCUGAACGAAGCGACCCGAUUGGCCGGUUGAACGGGCCGGGCCAGCUGCUGUUCUGGCGCCGGAACAAAAGAGUCGCAUCAGAACGCGGCUGCAGCUGGUUUGUUUUUCUCUUCUCGUGUUUUCCAGGCUUUCAAAGAUGCUUUUUAUAAACCUGCAUUAACGGCGGAUUAACGAGGUCUGAAAGGGUUCAACAGAGAUCGUCUGCAUUCACUCAGAACGGCGGCCAUUUUCUAUUCUUCCUUAUGCUCUUUAUGCAAACGCUUGCACCCUUUUAGUCGUCAUUUGGAGCCACUUGUGGACCUACUAAUGCAGUGUGGUGUGCACCUUUACCUCUGACAGAUUUACUUUGUGUAUUGUUGAACAUUCAGAAGUUUGCACACAGUCACCAUUUAACCUUUUAGGGUGGAACGACAAAACUAUUAGAAACAAUGAUUUUUAGUAACUCCAGAUUUAUGGUUUAUUUCCUCUAACUCAGGUUUGGUUGAAGCUUUCGUCACUUGAUUUGGUUAAAUUUGAAUUAUAAUCGGCUUAUAAAAUUCUGUCCGAGCGUGGGAAAACUCCCGUUGUUUUGAGUGUCGUUCACACGCUUUGAUUUAGAUCGAGGUUUCCCAGAAGUAACGUUCAUCAAAUUCAUCCAGUUUUAAACUGGUUUCCUUGUGUUUCAGGUCAUUUUUCUUGUUCGUUUCAAUCGGUUAUCUUGUUGUUCCACCCUGAUUAGAAAAUAAAGCUGUUCAAGUAACUCAAAAAUCCAACAUUCAUGCCUACGACUGCAUAUCUGACCAGAGCUGUAUUAAUUUAACUUUUGUCAGCCUUAUUUACUCUGACACUUUGAUAAAGUAGAGUUUUCUAUAUGUAAAAAACAGAACAGAACUGUGUUUUUAUUCAAACUGAGUCUGGUUUCUCAUCCACUUUUAGGCCUUUUCCCACAGUGACAGAAAUUCAGCCAUGUUUGUUUACACAGUGGAGAUGUUGCUACAAAAUUAAUGUCAGGUUCAACUUUCGCCAAAUGUUACAUGAAUCUCACCAAAGACGCCUGUUUGAGUUUUUCAUUUGUUAGGAUUCAUUUUUCAUACUUGGUUUUGAGUUGUAAGACUUUUUCUAUCGGGUGGAAAUGGAGAGAAAACAUGAAAAUUUGGAAUGAAAUUUAUAAAAAUGUUACUAAAGCAGGGAGCUAUUGUUAAACUAGAGUCAAACUUGAUUUUUUAAAAAUGUUUCCUGUAUUAAUGUUAAUUACAUGAAUGCCUCAUAAAACAUCGGAUUCAGUUUUUUCUCAAAACAAUCUGAACUGCUUUGUUGGCUGGUUUUACCUUUGAGGCAAAACAAAACUCUCCAGUUAUAACGAUUUGUUCAGAUUUCUGCUGCAGGAGUUUAUAGCCUCAUACUUUAUAAGAUAUAAGUGGUAAAAACAUUAAAGUGGAACAUAUUUCAUUGUCAUUGUCCUCCCAAGAUCCCAAGACAAUAAGUCCAACUUCUCUGCCAUGUCAGCUGCUUUGAGGGCUUAGAAUGCUGAGGUGACUGAAUCUUCAUUGGUGCAGACAGAGCGUCUGCAUGGCAUGACAUGAUAUUAAUUGGUUACUGAGAAAUUACUGCAUUUUCUUAACUUUUGCAGCAGUAAAUUUGGCAUUUGAGUUGGAAUGCUGCAGAAUUUUCAGUCUGGAUUAGUUGGAUAUGAAAUUGCAUAUGUGACAGUAUAAAAUAUGGUUUUUAAAGAAGUAAUGCUGGAGCAUUGUUUACUUAAAACGGCUUGUGAUAAAACACUACAUGAAUGCAAAGCAAAUGUAACAAAGUGGAGGUGCUUUUAAAACUUUAUCAAUUAAUAAAGAAAUUAUUGCAAAGUCGUAAAUGAUGUAAAGUUCAAGUUUAAAACUUGUGGAGAUCUAAAUCUAAAGUUCCCAAAAUUAGUUGGUCUGGUUUGUUUUUGUUCCCAAAAACCCAGCUGUUGAUUCAUGCAUCAAACAGUGAAAGGAAAAUACCAUAAGUGUCACCAUUUAUGCUGAACUACAAACAGAACCUGGAAAAUAUGAGAAAUUGCAUUAUUAUUUCAUUAUAUUCAAGGAAGUUUUUGUGUUUUGCAUCAUAAUACUUGUCCUGUCAAUUUUGCAAUAAUUUGAAAGAAGAUCUGGGUGUUCUUUUUUUUCUACAUUAGGGUCAUUGUAGAUAGAAAAAAGUAGAAAUAUCUGCCAGAAAAACUCAAAAAUUUUAAACUAAUAUCAGAAAUUAUCUAGCAAAAACAAGAAAGAAUCUGCAUUGGAAAAGUCCAAUGCCAGAAAAUGUUUUAUUAUUAUUUAAAAAUAGAGCCUAAGAAGUCAAAAUCUUUCUAGAAAUAAACUCAGAAAUUUUAGAUUAAUCUUAGAAAUUUUCUGGAAAAAGAACUUGGACAUUUCUGAAUUUCAAAAUUAGUUUCUCAAAAAUUUUUGACUUAAGAAUGUCAGAAAUUUCUACAUUUUUCUAGAAGAUUUCUGACACUAAUCUCAAAUGUUCUGAGUUUUUCACCUGAAAUUUGCUCAUUUCUUCUAUCUGCAACAGCCCUAAUUUACUGUAGAUUUUUUCAACAUUUUUGCCUGGAAGAAUAUAUUUUCUAAAAGAAUCUGUUUCCUUUUAGUUGCAUUUAUUCAGUUCAAAUGUAUUUCUGGAAGCCAAAUAUUUCCUAUUUGAGUGUUAACAGAAGCAAAUAAAAUGUUUUUCUGAACUUUAAAUAAACAGGAAGCCAGUCCAGAAUAGCUCGAGCUUUAAAAAUAGAUAAGAGUUUUGUUGUUUUCUGUUAUUGUUUUCAUCGAUCUUGACCUGAAAACCCUGCAGGAAGAGAACUCAGCCAGUAAAGCAGCAAAAAAAUAAUCCAUAUGUGAACAGCCAAAGUUCAGAUCUGCCAUAUUUGUGUGUUUUUGUUUAAGUUUCAUCAUGUCUAUGUUCAAUGUUUGCAUUAACUGUGUGGCUGAAAAGCUUGUAAUAAAGUGUUUUCAGAGACGGUC